UUUCCUGUCAAAGAUUCUUCCAAGAGGAAUUUUGAUGUUUCUAAAUUUUUUUACACUUUUCAAUCUUCAAUUGAAUUAAAGCGAAUCUGUGAUUUGUUUAACAUGGGUGAACCGGGCCCCAGCUCAAGGGUUGAUACCUCAGAUGAUGACGAUCCUGUGGUGCGAGAGAUUCCAAUUAUUCACUCAAAAAAACUAGAAGAAACGUUAUACCUAUUCCAAUUUCCAUUCAAGAGAAAGAAAUGCACAAACGAAGACAAAAUAAAAAAGUGCAUGUUCAAACCGCAAAAUAAAGAAGUUGCAUUAGAAAUGGCAAUAAAUACUGCAUCUUCUAAUUUUGACUCUGGAAGAGCCGAAUUAGUUGCCCAUGAAGUUGAUGGCGACCUUAGUACAAAAAAAGAUAAAAGUAAGGUGUUUUUUGAGAAUGAAUUAGUUGAUAAAGUAUUUUUGAAGUCAAACAGAUGUGUUAAAGAUGGAGAAAAUUAUGCCGUAGCCGCGUUUAAUGGCCAAGAACUGCAUUUAACUUCCAUAAAAGAUAUAUUUCAACUAAGGCCCCAUUUCCCAUACCUAGAUAAAGGUCUAAAAAAGAAAAAGGAUGUACUGAAUAAUUUGGAUUCUGAUGAAGAGGAAGCUGGUCCUAGUACUGCACAACAGGUUACAGUUAAAUUUAAACAAAUGGACGAUCCAGAGAAAAAGAGUUCCCAUGAGCUCUCAUAUCAUGCCUUACAAGCUAAAAAAAAUCAAGAACCUUGGAUUACAUGCACUUGGCAUGAAGAAAACAGUACCGCUAGCAAUGUGGAAAAACUGAAAUUAAUCUCCGAUAACACAUUUGAAUCAGGCCAGGCUCAGAGUUUAUCAAAAAUGGAAUAUUUAAAACUCUUAGUGCCUGAAGAUAAAGAGCAGAAGCCUUUGGAGCCCACUUUGCCCAGCCACGUGUUAUCUCUACACGCCUUAAGGGGACUCCCGUUGCAAGAGCAGUGUAGACUUUUACUUAAAGAUGCUCAGAUCAUCCAGUUUCAGCAAAUCAUGCUGUUGCUGGCAGGUGGGGAAGGAGUUACUGCUGAUGCGUUGAUAAAAAAUUUGCAAAAAGUCGCCGUUUUAGUCAGAGGUAACUGGGUCGUUAAAUCUGAAGUUCUGUACCCUGAGAAUACUUUUUCUGCCACCAGUGGGGUGCCGGCCGAGUUAAUGUGUAGGGCAAGAGAUUAUAUUCUAUACCUGUUUACUAAGCAGCAAUUGGUAGAAAGGAAAAAGGUGUCUUCUUUAUUAAAAAUUCCAGCAGAGGAAGUUAAAGAUAUUUUUUCCGGAAUAUCUAAACUAACACAUAAUAAGGGCUGGGAGUUGUCUCUGCCGACAGACUCGGAUUUCUUAACGAAACAUUCGGAUCUGGCUCAGAGGCAAAAUUUAUUCUGGGAGCACCGAUACCAUCAGCUGAGCCGCUUUCUGAGCCAACCGGCCCCGAGGCCGAGGCAUAAGAGCAAAAGCGCGUCCGAAAGUGACGGAGGGGGAGGGAAGCAAAGGACUAGCAGCAUUAGUUGCUCGGAUAAUGAAUCUGGUACUGAAAGUAAAGGAAAAUCCCCGGUACUGCCCCGGAAAAGACCAAGAAACGAUUCCUGCGGUUCUACCAGUCAAAUACCCAACGGUACGUUACCGGAUCCGGUGGCAGCCCCGUCGUGAAAACACGCCUUGUUUACCUUCUAACGUUAUAAAAGUUGACUGAAAUUCUUCGUUUUUUUUCCCGACCUUUUUUUGGUGCAGUUUAUAACGCUGAUUUUAAGGUAUUUGUUAAUUUAUUUUCUUGUACAGAGUGAGUGAUACGACCCGAUAUAUAUAAGUUUAAAUAAAGUUAAAUUUAUGCCAACGGGACCAACCCGUUGUCUCAUAUGUAAAUAAAUACAUUUUGUUAAUAAAAUAAUUUGAAAAAAACA